UUAAACAGCUGGGUCUGUGCGCGGAGAGAGACAGACGUGAUUCUGCUCUGCAGUGUGUGUGACCGAGGCGACAUGGCGAGGAUAAAGAUAUUGGGAUUAUUGCUUUUCUAAUGUCUUCGCUUUAGAAGGCAUUACAUAAGAAAAUAAAAAAGGAUGAGAUGAGGCCUACGAAGACGAGACAUCAACAUUGCCACAUACACGCCACAUACAAUGAUGAGCGCCAAUUCGACUCAAACACUGAAAGACUGACUGAACACUCGGGAUGCCAUUUAUUAAGGAGGUGCAGAAUUGCAUUAACAUAUGGCGCUUUUGUUAACGAUUUGUUUUUCGUUCGUUUGUUUUAGCCUAGCCUACUAUCGAGAUACUGGCGUUAUGGAAGUAAGGAGCAACAUGAAAAGAAAAACUAAGAAGAACAACUAAAGAAGUACCUCGGUGCCUGGGGCAAGGCAGUUCUUCUGAGGCAGAACUCAGAAACACAGAAAACAUUUUCAUCUCUGGGGAUAAGACGAGAAAGCUGAGCCUUGACCUCAUUCAGACUGCCUUCCAUUGGCUCCUGAGGAGGUGGGCUGAAUCAUCCUGACUCGAGAGGUUCUGUUGAGAUACGUACAUCAACAAGCUAUGGAGCGGGACCUCUUGCUCAUGCGGAUCAAGGUCUAGGGACAUCUAAGGACAUCUGACAACUAGGGUCUACCAACUCCUGAUUCCUGUUCCUCUCCCUGUGAGAAGUGUUGUAGAUCACGUAGAUCACAACAAUCGUUUUGCUGAGAUGACUAGACAAGGGGGUAUGUUACUGGGAUAGAAUGCUUUACACCAGAGCUCUGUAUACGUUUGGAGCCAGCGGCAGGCUGAGAUAAAGAGGGGAUCGAUGGCCAAGCCCCUCUACAGACUGCAGCGUUUCCUCCGGAGGGCCCAGCUGUUCCUGCUCUUCCUGGGUGUGGCCUACAUCAUGGCCGGGAGCGUCCUGCUGCUCCAACGGGCCAGCCUGGUGGUGACCCAGCGAGGGGCCACCAGCCCUCCACUGCCCUCCCUGCCCUCCUUACCCUCACCACCCCGGGCCCUGGAGCUGGGGGUGCCACCCGUGAGGGUAGGAGGCUACGGGGGCAGGAGCUCACGGAUCAUGGCCAGGGGGCAGGGGUACCAGCCUGGGAGCCCAUUGGACGACAGGACUGGAGCACGGUGGCUCAUGUCGAGGAAUCUGGAGAUCCGACACCUGCGGCGGCGCUGGUUCCACAGUCUGAUGACGGAGAAGGAUAUGUCACAGGUGGAGAGGAGCACCCCCAGGAGGAAUGCGCCUCACAAAGGUUCUUACAUGGGCUGCUUCCUGGACAAUUCCAAGGAGCGGGCUUUGAGGGGAUCUGUAUCCAAUGAUUUCCGUAAAAUGACCAGCACCAUGUGCCAGGAUACCUGCUCAGCGAGUGGCUACCAGUUUGCUGGUCUGGAGUACGGGUCGGAGUGUUACUGUGGCAACCACAUCACCAGCCUGCGUGUGAGAGAUGAGGAGUGUAACUUGGACUGUAAAGGGGAGAAAGGCUCCCCGUGUGGAGGUGUUGGACGCCUGUCAGUGUUCAAGGUGGAGGAUUUGCUUCCAGGCCAGAGGAGAUACAGGAACGUGCGUUACCGCGGCUGCUUCAAGGAGCCUGAGAACAACACCUCUACAUCCCUGGUCCAUGUGCUCCAGCCCAACCUCACCUCCCAGUCCUGCAUAGAGACCUGCAUGAACAAGGAGUUUCCGCUGGCUAUGCUGAGGAGUCCGGACUGUUUCUGUGGUUACACUACUCCUGACUUCACUCUCCAUGAGCCGGCUGAGGAGGAGCACUGUUCACAGAUCAACACCACUGAAGCCUCCUUACCAUCAACCCUCCAGCACUUCUACCAGGUCUACCAGACACCUGUCCAAGACUCCAGAUGCACAGAGAGGAAGUUCCUACCAGAGAAGUCCAGUUCAUUGGUAGCGCUCUCCAGCUUCCCAGGAGCAGGCAACACCUGGGUCAGACACCUCAUAGAGUUGGCCACAGGAUACUACACAGGCAGCUACUACUUCGAUGGAACCCUUUACAACAGAGGCUUCAAAGGGGAGAAGGAUUACUGGAAGAGUGGUCGGACCAUCUGUGUGAAAACACAUGAGAGUGGGAGGAGAGAGAUAGAGAAGUACGACUCUGUCAUCCUGCUGAUCAGGAGCCCGUACCGUUCCCUCAUGGCUGAGUUCAACAGGAAGUGUGCAGGACAUCUGGGAUACGCCUCUGAUCAGCACUGGAAGACCAAAGAGUGGCCUGAGUUUGUGAGCAGCUACGCCUCCUGGUGGGCAUCCCACGUACUGGACUGGCUGCGGUUCGGCCAGCGGGUCCUAGUGGUCCACUUCGAGGAACUCCAGACGGCACUGGUGCCCCGGCUACGAUCCAUCGCCUCCUUCCUCAACGCCACAGUGACCGAGGACAGACUGCUGUGUGCCGAGAGCAACCAGGAUGGACACUUUAAACGCUCCGGGGCCCGGCGGCCCACCUUCGACCCCUUCACACCCGACAUGAGAGGACUGAUAGAUGGGCUGAUCCGUGCGGUGGACCAGGCUCUCCUGGACAGCAACCACACAGGCCUUCCACUGGAGUACCUGCCCAGAUGAUGGACAGUUAAACUCUGAUAACCCUGAUCUCUACCUUGUCCACUACCCUGUCCCUCCUCGGUUUACACUGCCUUAAAGCUGUGGUGGCACAGAUGGAUGGAUACCCCCAAUCCAACCCAAGAGAAAGCGUUUCAAAUCAGGAGCGUGCCAUACAAAGGAAGCAUAGUCGUAUAGACAGAGGCUAAUCUCACAAAACACUUUUUAUGUUUUAGAAGCGCUGGUUUAUCAAAAUGCUGUCUUUCUGUUUUAGAAGUGUUCUGCUUUUUGGGACAUUGCCUUAUUGGGGGUGAACUGAUAAGUGUUCCAAACAAUGGAAACUGUAUCCUCUGUUUUAAAUCAACUCUAAAUAAACUGUACCUCCUAUAAAAACUA